GUCAAGAUGAAGGUAUUUGUACUACUUGUUCUGGGAGUGAUGGGCUGCAGUCUGGCCGGAGCUCGAAUUGUGUCUAAAUGUGAACUAAGGGAGAAGCUGAUGCUCGCUGUCGCCAGCCUGCCAGAAAAGGAAAAGCAUUCAGGACUGAGUGGAGAGAACUUCAUAGCCAAGAUUGUCUGUUACGUGGAGCUGGCGUCUGACUUCAACACCAGCGCAGUGAACCAGCUGACGCGAGACAUGGGAGACCAUCACAGCCGGGAGAAGAGGGAAACCUCCUCCGGAGGUUUGUUCAGCUUGGCUAAAGAAGUCGGCCAGUUGAGCACAGAGAAGCCCGUCACGCGGGUGCGAGGCCGCGCCCAUCUGCAGUACAGUAGCGAGGAGAAGGAUGAAGGCUGGACUCUGUACGGCCUAUUCCAACUCUGCAGUCAAGUGGUGUGCAGUGAUGGCACCACUCCAUCACCAAACAUCUGCGGGGUUGACUGCUUCAGCUUGACUGAUGACAAUAUAACCGAUGACAUCAGCUGCGUUUUGAAGAUCCUCAAAGAUCUUGUUGAAAAUGGCUUCAUGGCACCACACUGGAAAGAGCUAAAGACAAUCAUCAGGUUCAUCUUGCAGGAGGACUGCAGAAACAUGCAGGCUGCAGAGUACUUUGCUGAAUGUUUCUAAAAUCCAUAAUUGUAUGCAUGGAUUGUCACUGGAUAGAGUAGUGUUCUAUAAAAGUGUAGCCAGCACUAAAUGAAUAAAAAUAUGAAGUAU